GAUCGAUCGCUGCCAUGGCCUGCGGCUGCAAGCUUCUUGGUGCCUCCUCCCUGCUCUUCACGGUGUGCGUUCUCGCCAUAACCGCCGACGCAGGAGGCCCUGUUCCCGUCCGAAUCGCGGUCUACUGGGGCCAGAACGACGGCACCGAGGGCACCCUUGCAACCGCCUGCAGCUCCGGCCUCUACGCGUACGUCAUGAUCUCCUUCCUCAGCACCUUCGGCAAGGGCCAGACCCCGGCGCUCAACCUCGGCGAACACUGCGACGCACCCGCAGGCCACUGCACAGCCUUAAGCUCCGAGAUCACGAGGUGCCAGUCGGCUGGCGUCAUGGUGCUCCUCUCCCUCGGCGGCGGCUCCGGAAGUUACGGCCUUUCCUCCACCAACGACGCCCGGAGCGUCGCCACCUACCUGUGGGACAACUUCCUGGGCGGCAGCUCGUCGUCCCGCCCACUCGGCCAGGCCGUCCUGGACGGCAUCGACUUCGACAUGGACACCGGCGACUAUGCGCACUACGACGAGCUGGCCACGUUCCUGUCCCAGUACAGCAAGCAGGGCAAGAAGGUGUACCUGACGGCGGCGCCGCAGUGCCCGUACCCGGACGCGUCGCUGGGGCCGGCGCUCGAGACGGGGCUGUUCGACAACGUGUGGGUGCAGUUCUACAACAACCCGCAGUGUGAGUACCCGGGCGGCGACCUGCAGGGCGCGUGGAGGACCUGGACGAGCAGCGUGAACGUGUCCGGGGCAUUCUACCUGGGCCUGCCGGCCUCGGCGGACGCGGUCGGCAGCGGGUACGUUUCGCCGGCCGACCUGACAUCCAAGGUGCUCCCCGGCGUGAAGGCCGCCAGCAACUUCGGCGGGAUCAUGGUGUGGGACCGCUACAACGACCUCGUCAACGGAUACACUUCUCAGUUGCGGAGCAAAUCAAACCAGAGUGGCAGCGGGAGCGGGCCAAUCGAAUCGCCACCACCGGUAGUUACAAGAGGGCGCGGACCAAUCGGAUCACCAGCACAAGUUGCAGGGGGAGCUAACUCAUCGUCGAAGAAGAGGAUCAAAACAUAUGUAAUAGCUGGAACCUCAAGCCUAGUUGGAGUAUGUUUAUUUCUCCUCGCAUUCUGUGUAUGGUAUAAGAAAUACUAUGGCAAGGGGUCAAAGAACACACCACGGAUCGAGUCCUUCCUACAAAAGCAAGGGACUUCACACCCCAAACGAUAUACUUACCCAGAAGUGAGAAGAAUGACCAAAUCUUUUGCUCACAAGCUUGGCCAAGGUGGCUUUGGAGCUGUCUACAGAGGCAAACUCCCUGAUGGCCGUGAAAUAGCUGUGAAGAUCCUCAAGGACACUCAGGGUGAUGGGGAGGAAUUCAUGAAUGAAGUGGCUAGCAUUAGUAGAACCUCUCAUGUCAAUGUUGUCACCCUCUUGGGAUUCUGCUUGCAAGGCUCGAAAAGAGCUCUCAUCUACGAGUACAUGACCAACGGCUCACUCGAGAGAUACACUUUUGGCAACAGUUCUGCUCAAGAUCCUAAUGCCCUAAGCUGGGAAAGACUCUAUGACAUUGUUCUCGGCAUUGCUCGAGGACUUGAGUACCUUCAUCGAGGGUGUAACACUCGCAUCAUACAUUUUGAUGUCAAGCCUCAGAACAUUCUACUGGAUGGAGACUUCUGCCCAAAGAUAGCUGAUUUUGGGUUAGCAAAAUUAUGCAAGCAAAAGGACAGCAAUGCCACGGUAGGAUACAUAGCACCUGAGCUGUUCUCAAGGCAGUACGAGGAAGAGGAACAGUAG